GAGCAAUUAAUGUUUUUGACACGCCUUCCAUAACAUAGUGUGCGAUUUUAGUGAUUAUUUCAUUUAAAUUGUGUUUUAAAAUCGAUUUGAUCAACUUAUUUUAGUGCAUUGUGACUUUUUCUAUAUUGUGGAUAUAUUUACUGCCUAAAUAGCCAUUGUAUUUCCGGAAAUAAUAAGACAAUGGCGACUAUGACAGACCCCUACGGUACUACGGGGACUCUCACGCUCAAGUGGGACCCCAAGAACCUGGAGAUCCGGACCACCUCCGUAGAGAGGACCCUGGAGCCUCUCGUCCUGCAGGUCACCACGUUGGUGAACAGCAAAGACAGAGCUGCUAAGAAAAAGAGACCGGGCAAGUCCAAACGUGCCAGUGCUUUGGUGGCGACCGUGGAGAGAGCUACGGAGAUCUUCAUAGAACGAGGGCAGACCAUCGCCUAUGAGAACCCUGAUAUAACUGACGAGAUGAUGGCAGCAGUGGAGGAAGUCAGGAAAGCUGGCGCGGCAAUGAGCCUGGCCGCUCGCGAGUUCUCCGAGGAGCCGUGCGCGUCGGCCGUGCGGUCCGGCAUGGUGCGGGCGGCGCGCGCGCUGCUGUCGGCCGUCACUCGGCUGCUCAUCCUGGCCGACAUGGUGGACGUGCACCUGCUGCUCUCCAAGCUGCGCACGGUAGAAACAGACCUAGAUAAGCUGAAAUCAGCAUCAUCCCAAUCUGAACUAGUGGAGUCAGCUCGUCAGUUUGGAAGGUCAGCCAAUGAGCUGGCGGCGCAGGCUGCCAAACGUCAGCAGGAGCUGAAGGAGCCCCGCAUGAAGGAUGAACUGGCAGCAGCCAGAGCAGUCCUCAAGAAACAUUCCACUAUGCUGCUCACAGCUUCCAAGGUGUACGUGCGUCACCCGGAGCUGGCGGCUGCGAAGGCCAACCGUGACUUCGUGCUGCGAGCAGUCUGCGGCGCCGUCGACACCAUCUCCAGCGUCGCACAGGGCCGUCCGCUACCCAACGGUGGAGCGAGACCCCAGGCGGAAGGUCCGGGUGAACUGGCGCAAGCACUUGAUGACUUCGAUGAGAGAAUGGUUAUGGAGCCAUUGGCUUAUUCUGAGUUGCGUACGCGGCCGUCGUUGGAGGAGCGGCUCGAAUCCAUCAUUUCUGGCGCAGCACUCAUGGCCGACAGUUCUUGUACCAGAGACGAGCGCCGGGAGCGUAUCGUGGCGGAGUGCAACGCCGUACGACAAGCGCUGCAGGAUCUACUGCACGAGUACAUGACCAACGCGGGGCGAGCCGAGCAGUCAGAGGGACUGGAGCGAGCCAUCGAGAACAUGUGCAGGAAGACCAGGGACCUGCGGCGACAGCUGCGGAAGGCGGUCGUGGACCACGUGUCCGACAGUUUCCUGGAGACCAACGUGCCACUCCUGGUGCUGAUGGAAGCAGCUCGCAACGGAAACGAGAAAGAAGUAGAAGAAUACGCCAUCGUGUUCACAGAACACGCCAACAAGCUGGUCGAGGUGGCCAAUUUGGUGUGUUCAAUGUCCAACAACGAGGACGGUGUUAAGAUGGUUCGCCACGCUGCCGGGCAAAUUGAAGCACUCUGCCCACAGGUGAUCAACGCGGCGCUGGUGCUGGCGGCGCGACCUCGUUCGCGAGUGGCGCAGGACAAUGCGGGGGCCUUCGCACGAGCCUGGGACCUGGCAGUCAGGCUGCUCACGGAGGCAGUCGACGACAUCACCACCAUCGACGACUUCCUCGCCGUCAGCGAGAACCACAUCCUGGAGGACGUGAACAAGUGCGUGGUGGCGCUGCAGGAGGCCGACCCUGACUCGCUCGAGAGGACCGCAGCAGCCAUUCGCGGACGAGCACACAGGGUGUGUUCAGUAGUAACACAGGAGAUGGACAACUACGAGCCCUGUAUAUACACGAAGCGAGUGCUUGAAGCUGUCACCGUGCUCAGAGAUCAAGUAAUGUCAAAGUUUGCGGUACGCGUCGACGCGGCGGUCUCUGCUCUGGGAGGCGGCGCGGGCGCUGGUCUGGACGAGAACGACUUCAUAGACGCGUCGCGACUUGUCUACGACGCAGUCAGGGAGAUUAGGAGGGCCGUGCUGAUGAACAGGACGAGCGACGAUCUAGACACGGAUACAGAGUUCGAACCCGUCGAGGACAUGACCAUGGAGACCCGAAGCCGAUCGAGCGCUCACACUGGAGAGCACGGUGUCGACGAGUAUCCGGACAUUAGUGGUAUUACCAACGCCAGGGAAGCCAUGCGUAAAAUGACAGAAGAGGACAAACGCAAGAUCCUGCAGCAAGUGGAGCUGUUCAGACGCGAGAAGAUGACCUUCGACAACGAGGUGGCCAAGUGGGACGACGCCGGGAACGACAUCAUCAUGCUGGCCAAGCAUAUGUGCAUGAUCAUGCUGGAGAUGACAGACUUCACCAGGGGUCGUGGCCCUCUGAAGACCACGAUGGACGUCAUCAACGCAGCCAAGAAGAUAUCCGAAGCAGGCACCAAGCUGGAUAAGCUCACCAGAGAGAUUGCUGAACAGUGCCCGGAGUCGUCCACGAAGCAGGACCUGCUGGCGUACCUGCAGCGGAUCGCGCUCUACUGCCAUCAAAUACAGAUCACCAGCAAGGUGAAGGCGGACGUGCAGAACAUCUCCGGGGAGCUGAUCGUCAGCGGGUUGGACAGUGCCACGUCUCUCAUCCAAGCGGCCAAGAAUCUGAUGAAUGCUGUGGUUCUGACAGUCAAGGCUUCCUACGUAGCCUCCACAAAGUACACCAGGCAGGGCACCAUCGCUAAUUAUUCGCCGAUCGUGGUGUGGCGCAUGAAAGCGCCGGAGAAGAAACCCCUCAUCCGGCCUGAGAAGCCCGAGGAAGUUCGCGCUAAAGUCCGUCGUGGCAGUCAGAAGAAGCAGCCCAGUCCUGUACACGCGCUCGCAGAGUUCCAGAGCCCCGCUGAGAGUGUUUAAGGCAAUAAGGCGAGAUGUAGUAAUCGUCGAAAUUAUUUAUAUCCAUAGGAAUAUUAGCUCACAACAAUAUUAUUUUGUGAUUAUAAUUAUGUAGUUAAAACUCGUGUAUUAUUAAUAAUUCAAUAUUAAGGCCUGUUUCAUAUUGCACGGAGCGUGGCAUUGAACUAUAUCUACUGGAGUAAUAGAAUGAAAACAAAUUUAUCAGCGAUCAACAUAGAAAGAAUCUAUAUUCAAAUAAUCUUAAUUUAAGCACUUUUGAAUAGUCACAGUUAACCGUGUUUUAAUCUACCGCUCGUUCGAUAAGCUGUCUCGUCACAAGAAGAACGAGCGAGAAACUUGCGUGUUGCAAUUUUAAAUUGAAGAUUAUUUCUAUUGCUGUAAAUAAAAAACAAAACAUAUCUUUGUAAUAUUUCUUUACAUGGAUGUUCUUGUUUAAUUUAUAUUAUUAUAAACGAGUUUCUCAUUGUUUUACACAUGUCUCGAG